AUGUUGCAUCUCCUUAUUACUUUGCCUUUGCUUGCUGUUAGGUUUUUAAUCAUGCUUCGAGCAUUCAAACGCACAGGUGGUAGGUUUGAGAGCCAUCUUUCAAGGUGGCAGCAUUAUCAUAAAUCUGUCCUGGCAAUCAGAAGAGAGGAUGUCAAUGCCUGGGAAAGAAGAGCCCCGUUAGCCCCACGGCACGUCAAACUUUUAACCAACCUGGGCUACAAAGUUCUGGUGCAACCGUCCAAUCGAAGGUCCAUCCAUGAAAAAGUAAGUCCUGACAUUUUUGUUGUUGAUCACGAGGGUAGGAGCGGCGUACAGUUUGUUUCUUGUGCACGUCUAAUCACAAUUAUUGGGCCCUUGAUGUUACAAUGCCCAUAGUGGUUUUAUGGGUGCUGAUGAAGCCUCUUGGCAGUGAUUGGCCGAACUGCUCUGAUGUCACAGAGGGACUGAGCAAGCCACAAAGUUUGCUGUUGCUGUUUGAGCUGCCUUUGUUUUCUGGAGUGGGGCAGAGCAGGGUCCAGAAGGCCCUAGAGAAGGAGAGGUUGAAAAAGCAAGCACAACAGACUUGGGAAAGAGGUGGUAGGCACCAGACAAGUUUGUAGAACUGGGCAGCACCUAGGAAAAGAGGGCUGGAAGGAGGAGUGUGUGAAUGAAUGACAGGAGGAGAAGGGGCAGCGAGGAAGGAGCUGCAGAUGAAUGAGUGGACGAUGGAAGAGUUGGAAGCAGCAGAGGGGACGGAGGUUGACAAAGUGGUGACUUCAGUGCGGGGUCCAGGCCCCACUCAGCAGAAUGGGCAAACCCCAACAGGGCCAGCACCCCCCAAUUUAAAGUAAAUGAAGUAAAACAGCACCUGAACUCCUCCCAUAAUAAGUCCAUAAUACGCUGAGAGUCUAAAAUUACUUUAACAGCCCCACUGAGAUCACAUAAAGAUUUAUGGAAUCAAUAUUGUGGUGGCCUAUGGCUUUAAAAAAUUAAGGUUCAUUCGUAUAUGAACCCACAAGCCACAUCUUUGGCUGAAAGCCUCCCCUCUUUCUGAUAUGAAAAUAGCAAUCCUUGUGUACUGCCAUUUUGCUCUGGCACCGAGUGUGUGGUUUCAUUUAGAAAUGGCAGGUGAGAACGAUACCCCUCAUAAGUGGGGAAGGAAUCUCUUCUCCCCCACCCACAGGAGUGGAUAGCCAGUAUAGAAAUAAGGCUCACCUUCUGGAAUAGCAUCUACUGAACUAUCUCGAUAUUUUCUGCCUUUGUUCAGUUUGGCUCAAGACGUCAAUUCCUCUUCAAUGCUUUGUUUGCAGGACUAUGUUAAAGCUGGCGGUAUUAUACAGGAAGACAUUUCAGAGGCCUGCCUGAUUGUGGGUGUGAAGAGGCCGCCGGAGGAUAAGCUAAUUCCCAACAAGAACUAUGCAUUCUUCUCUCAUACUAUUAAAGCUCAGGAGGCAAAUAUGCCCUUGUUGGAUGAGAUCCUGAGCAAGGUAAUAUUUCACUUACCGAGGAUUGCUAACUAUUAUUAUAAUAUGGUGAAACGGUCAGUUCAGCAGAAUGAGAGGAUUUGCAAAGUGCAAUAUUGGGUUUUCAUGAUGCGGCAAUGAAUUGACGGCAGUGUGUUUUAGUAGCAUAAAAGGCAACUCACUCUACGUGGGGCUGCCCUUGAGACUGAAACUCCGGCGGGUGCAGAAUGCCACGGCGAGACUCCUUAAGGGGUCCUCGCUGCGGGAUCAUAUUCAUCCGGUGCUAUACCAGCUGCACUGGCUCCCGGUGGAGUACAGGAUCAGGUUUAAGGUGCUGGUUUUAACCUUUAAAGCCCUGUAUGGCCUAGGACCCUUGUACCUACGGGACCGCCUCUCCUGGUAUGUCCCACGGAGGACCUUACAGUCUUCAAAUAAAAACAGCUUGGAGAUCCCGGGCCACAGGGAGGUUAGGCUGGCUUCAACCAGAGCCAGGGCUUUUUCGGCUGUGGCCCCGAUCUGGUGGAACACUCUGUCACAAGAGACUACAGCCCUGCAGGACUUGACAUCUUUCCACCAAGGCACAGUCUGACCCCCUCCUUCUGUAAUCCUCAUAGAACUCUAGCCCAAUGGUUGCCAUUAAUUUGAUUCUGAAUUGAUUUUAGAAUGUAUUUCAAUUAAUUGACUGUGAUUUUAUGUAAACUGUGUUAUUUUUACUGUUGUUAGCCACUCUGAGCCCAGCUUCGGCUGGGGAGGGUGGGAUAUAAAUAAAAUUUUAUUAUUAUUAUUAGUGAACUCAGAGUAGACCCAUUGAAAUAAAUGCACUCAAGGCACAUUUUCCCUGGUCUAACCCCCUACUGAGAUGAAUGGAAGUGGCUUUGCCUCUUUUUAUUUAGAAAUCCCAUUUAUCUCAUAGGAGACGUUCUCAAAGCAUUGCUGUAUAAAAGAAUCGAAGCGACUUCCUUUACAUGCAUCUUUCUAUAAAUGGCAGGGGCUGCUGUGAUUUGAUUUUAAUUUUUAGUGUACUGAGAUGAAUGGAGCCUGAGAACAAAUGUAUUCGGUGUGUUGUACUUGCAGAACAUUCGACUGAUAGAUUACGAGAAAAUGGUGGAUCACAGAGGAGUGCGAGUUGUAGCCUUCGGAAAGUGGGCUGGCGUUGCAGGUAUCUAAAGAAAAUUAAUACUGUGUUUUGGCCAUUUUCAACCGGAAGGAAUUCCAUGUCUUUGCACCUGCUAGCUUUUAUUUAUUUAACUUACUCAUUCGCUAUAAAAGCAUUAACACACUGCUUAAUGUUAUAUUAAAAAAAUCUCUAAACAGUAAUUAGUGAGCAUGGGAAUCAGGGAGGAUUCAGCAGAAUGCUUCUGCUAUGCCACCAUCGAGAUUUUUGCAUUUUAUUUUAUUUAUUCUAUUUUUUUAUUUAUACUUUGCAGGUUUAUACAUUUCACUAAUUUUACAAUCCUUUUGACAUUUCAAAACUUUACUUCCUUCCCUCUCUUUUUGUAGUUCCUUAAAUUUAUUUUUAUUAUCAUUAAUAAUAAUAUACUAUUUAUACCCUGCCCAUCUGGCUGGGCUUCCCCAGCCACUCUGGGCGGCUUCUAACAAAAUAUUAAAAUACAGUAAUGCAUCAAACAUUAAAAGCUUCCCUAAACAGGGCUGCCUUCAGAUGUCUUCUAAAAUAUCCAAAUAGCUGCAUAUCCAAGUUAACUUAAUUUGCUCAUUUAUUCGUCUUUAAAUAUAUACUCUUAUGAAACUGCAGGUUAUUACAAUAAUCCUGCCAAUGUUCUUAUCUGUUUACAAUUUAUCUGUAAAUAUUCAAUGAACCAUUUCCACUCUUUUCUAAAAAGUUAUCUUAAGUUUUUGUAUCCAUUCUUCCUGUGCGGGGACUUCUGCUUCUUUCCAUUUUGGGGUGAGUAACGUUAUUGCCACUGUAGUAACAUACAUGAAUAAGUUUCUGUGCAGUUUCGGUAGUUCUUUCCCUAUAAUUCCGAAAAGGACAGCUUCUUGUUGUUGUUUCUUACUCAGGUUAUUUUAAACAUCCUUUUCAUUUCAUUAGAUAUCAUUUCCCAGUAAGCUUUAACCUUACUACAAGACCACAACAUAUGAUAAAAAAAACUUCUUUCUCUUUACAUUUCCAACACUUAUUUGAUUUAGAUUUAUACAUUUUUGCCAAUUUACUUGGAUUUUUCACCUUAAGUGAGACAUAAGAAACUUGGGAAACUGCCUUCCAUCUGGUCCGUACUACUCGUCUGUGAGGAGGUGUUGUGUGAAUAGUGUAUAUGAACGUGCAUGAGUGCUGGCUGUGCACAUGUGAGUCCAGGUACACGCCUGUAACAUGCCUAUCCCUGUAAAAUCUGCUUUGGCAGUGGCAUUCCAGCAGGGCUUUUUUUCCAGCCAGAACUCCCCAUAAAUCAGUUCCAGCACCUCUCAGGUGGGUGCCAUUGCUGUUAUAAGAAAACAAGGGAGCCUGUUCAUUGCGAGUUCCAGCAUCUCUUUUUCUAGAAAAAUAGCACUUCUUUCCAGGGUCUUGAGCCAGGUCUUGCCUGAUCCAUUUAUAACUAGACACAGUGAAACCUGGGAGCUUUUGCAUGCAAAGAGCUUCACUAUUGCAUUAUGGCCUUUCUUAUUUUUUAAUUUUUAAAAAUAAAGAUACUAAGACACAUUUGGGAAACAGGAGAAUGAAACCCCCGCUAAAAUAUUCUGUUUGAAGCAACUAUCAGGAAAUAAGGAUUUGUUUUAAGUUUUUCAUGUAUACUAAAACUCAGUCUAAGCUUCUUCUUUUUUAAAACAAAAUUGUUUAACCACAUCAGUUAACAAACAUGGAUGCAUAUGCUAUAAUGUUAAUGUUUGAGUUAAAUAAAUUCUUUAAAUUGUUAUUAAGGAAGUGAUUAUUUUUCUCCUUCCAAUAAAGUACAGCAAAAAAGUCCAAAUAGAAACAGUUAACUUAUUAAACCUCACAAUGAUUUCAUAAUUAUCUGUCUAUGUAUUUCUAAUAGUAUAAUCAAAUCAGUAAUUUUCGAUAUAACUGUAAAAACUACUCUGAAAUUUUAUUAUUCCAAAAAUGAAACCGUCACCUGGUCGUAAAUAUUAAGAUUAUACCAGCAAGAACAAGUCUUUCUGUAAAAAAAAAGAAAGAAAAAAAAAGAUUUAAAUCAAGUCUUACUGACUAAUGAUUUAAAUCGUGAUUUAAAUUGAUUUGAUUUAAAUCAAAUCCACCUUGGGCUUGGAUGACUGUUGGGUUUGUGGUGGAUGUUCCGCCUUGCCCAGGCACUUGGAGCAAAUGGGUCGUUGGUCCCUUGAGGCAUUGUGACUCUAGAAUUCCCUUUAAUUUUCCUUACUUCUCUCACCAGUUUGACUCUGCUGCAGCAUUUAAUAAGUCUGUGUACUGUACUAACUGUGUAUUAUGUAAUUCUGAACCAGGUAUGAUCAACAUUUUACAUGGAAUGGGAUUGCGAUUUCUUGCCCUAGGGCAUCAUACUCCUUUUAUGGUAAGUCUCUCUCCCUCUCUUUCUAUAUAUAUAUAUAUAUAUAUAUAUAUAUAUAUAUAUAUUACCGGGGGAAUAUGGCAGUGGAGGGGUAGGAUGGGUAGAUUUUUGUUAAUUUGUCCCAAAGGCCUAUUGACUCCAUCAUCAUCAACAACAUCAUCAUUUUGUUAUUUAUACCCCAACCAUCUGGCUGGGUUUCCCCAGUCAUUCUGGGUGGCUCCCAACAGAACACAAAAACAGAAUAAAGCUUCAAACAGGGCUGCCUUCAGAUGUCUUCUAAAAGACAGAUAGUUGUUUAUUUCCUUGACAUCUGGUGGGAGGGCGUUCCACAGGGCAGACGCCACUACCGAGAAGGCCCCCUGCCUGGUUCCCUGUAACCUCACAGUGAGGGAACCGCCAGAAGGCCCUCGGAGCUGGACCUCAGUGUCUGAGCUGAACAAUGGGGGUGGAGAUGCUCCUUCAGCUAUACUGGGCUGAGGCCUUUUAGGGCUAUAGAGGUCAGCACCAACACUUUGAAUUGUACUCAGAAACGUACUGGGAGCCAAUGUAGGUCUUUAAGGACCGGUGUAAUAUGGUCUUGGCAGCCACUCCCAGUCACCAGUCCAGCUGCCUACUGACAUUAAUCUCUUCCUGGUUUCAGCACAUUGGUAUGGCCCAUAACUACAGAAACAGUAGCCAGGCUGUCCAAGCAGUCCGCGAUGCUGGUUACGAAAUUUCACUAGGCUUGAUGCCAAAGUCUAUUGGACCCAUAACAUUUGUGUUUACAGGCACCGGCAACGUGUCUAAGGUAAGGCAUUCUUCAAAUGCAUGGCACUAGUACAUUUUCUCAUUGCAACUGAGAUAUUGGCUUCUUCUUGUACAUAUAAGGCUUGUUCAUAUCUUCCAAUAAAGCUAUAGGCCCGUUUUACUGCAUUUCUGUUCCUUCCACACAGGAAUAAUGAGAUGUGCACAUAAAUUUUCCCAUGUGACGGCUGGAACAUAGGAAGCUGCCUUAUAUUGAAUCAGAUCAUUGGUCCAAGUCAGUGUUCGAAAUUAGCCAGGCGCGUUUUGCUACUGGCGUGGGUCCAGUGGUGACCACAUGGAGAUUUCUGGGAGCCAGGUUGGCAACUGGGCCUUACUCCACAGUUGAUACAAUUUUAAUUUCCACUGCGUGUGUUUCUCCUUCUUGCAUACUGGGAUGAGUGAAUUGUUGUAAGAGCAAGCUGCAGUCAAGCAGUGUGUUGUUGUUGUUUAGUCAUUUAGUCGUGUCCGACUCUUUGUGACCCCAUGGACCAGAGCAUGCCAGGCACUCCUGUCUUCCACUGCCACCCACAGUUUGGUCAAACUCAUGCUGGUAGCUUCGAAAACACUGUCCAACCAUCUCGUCCUCUGUCGUCCCCUUCUCCUUGUGCUCUCCAUCUUUCCCAACAUCAGGGUCUUUUCUCUUCUCAUGAGGUGGCCAAAGUAUUGGAGCCUCAGCUUCAUGAUCUGUCCUUCCAGUGAGCACUCAGGGCUGAUUUCCUUAAGAAUGGAGAGGUUUGAUCUUCUUGCAGUCCAUGGGACUCUCAAGAGUCUCCUCCAGCACCAUAAUUCAAAAGCAUCCAUUCUUCGGCGAUCAGCCUUCUUUAUGGUCCAGCUCUCACUUCCAUACAUCACUACUGGGAAAACCAUAGCUUUAACUAUACGGACCUUUGUUGGCAAGGUCUCUGCUUUUUAAGGUGCUGUCAAGCAGUGUAGUUGAGAUCAAAGAAUCAUAGUAUUGUAGCAUGGGAAGGGACCCCAAGGGUCAUAGACAAAUAGACAUUUCGUUGUUGGGAUGCAAGGUGCCAUAUGGUGCCUAGCUUAUAUGCCUAAGUUUCUAACACUGGUCCCAAGUCUGUGUCUAAGUCAGAUCAUUGGUCAUUGUCUGCAUGGACUGACAGCAGCUAGGAGUCUUGCUGACCUACCUGGAAAUGCCAGGGAUUGGAACCUGUGACCUUUUGUGCAAGGCAUUUGUUCUUCCACUGAUCCUGAGCCCCUUAAACUAGUAGGAUGAACAUGAUCUGUGGGUCUCUAGCUGUGUUUAUGCUGCCACUGCUGUUUGAUUUCUGCCCUUGAGGAGCACCCAACCAUCUGGAGAAGGUGCAAAGGGUUUGGAGGAGUUGGAUGGUUGAAGGUCUAGGUAGCAAGUAUACAAUCUGGAAUAAUAUGAUAGAAAACUUGGACAAAAGCAGACAGAAGGCGAUGCCUGAGGUCAUACACUGAAUGAUGUGCUAGUUCCACAAUUUGAACUCCAGUCUUCCAGGUUUAAAUCCAGAACCACUCUCUCUCUCUCUCUCUCUCUCAUGUGUAGAGGAUAGUCCUUGGCAGAAGUGUUGUUCCUGUGACUGCCCAAUACCUUGCAUUUUAUUUAUUUUUUGGUAAAUCUAACCUCACUAUCAGUCUUACUUUUAUCCACAGGGUGCCCAAGAAAUGUUCAAUGCCCUCCCUUGUGAGUUUGUGGAGCCCCAUGAGCUGAAGGAGGUCUCUCGAACUGGAGGUAGGGUAUUCUGGGAUGGGCUUCAGAAGCUCUGCGGGGUACGUUGUUUCUCUUUUAUUUACAGUGCUCCUCUCCACAGACCUCAGAAAAGUCUACGGGACGGUGUUGAGUCGACACCACCAUCUUAUAAGGAAGACCGAUGGUGUGUAUGACCCGGUGGACUAUGACAAGCACCCAGAACACUACACCUCUCGUUUCAACACGGAUGUGAGUACACCUCUCCCAUUAUUGUACCCUUAAGUGUUCCAAGAGAGUCAGCCUCUGCCCUAUAAUUACCAUGACCUCUGUUACCCACGACACCCAAUUUCCUGUCGGUGUAGCUCAUGUGACCAAUGUGCUUUUCUUUAAAAAAAAAAAUUAAGCUGAUGAUUCUCAUAUAUAUAAUUUUUCUGUUUUACAAUUUAGAAUACUCAUUUAAGCAUCCUUAAAAUAUCCAUGCAUUCCCUUCUUCUCUUUCCAUGGUUCAUUUUGCAUAUCAUAAAUCCCUGCGUAUUUUACAAAAACUAAACCAUUCAGUAUUCUGUUAUUACAUCCAUCAAAACUUACUUACACGGUUGAAUUUAUCUUAAUGCUGCCCAUGUUUUCAAAUGUGCAUAAUUCCCCCCCCCCCAUAUAUUCAAUAAACGUUUUCCAGUCUUCUUUAAACGUAUGCUCUUCUUGUUCUCUUAUUCUGUGUGUUAAGUCUGCAAGCUGUUCACAUUCUAUCAGCUUAAAGUUCCCAUUCUUUAUUUGGGACCUCGCUCGUUUUCCAUUUAAGCUGAUGAUUGUCUAGAUGCCUGUUGCAUCUAGAGAACCUCCUGGUUCCAUGACCAGAUGAUAAAGUGAGGCAUGCUAUCAGCAUCAAGGAUUUGCAUCACAUAGUUAUUGAAUCACAUAGUUAACUAUUUGGAUCAAGGUGUUGGUUCCUUACAGGAUAAGAAGAAAUUGCAGCUUUAUUUUACAGAUUGCACCUUACGCUACUUGCGUGAUCAAUGGGAUCUACUGGGAGCAGCAUACUCCACGGCUGCUAAGCAGGCAGGAUGCGCAGCGACUUCUGGCUCCUCUGCGACCUUCUGCUGCUGCUACUGAGGGAUGCCCACAAUUGCCACACAAGUAAGAAGCUUGUAUUUGGUGAUAGCAGGCAUCAGUGAAAUCGGUGCUGGGGAUCCUCUGUUUUGUUUUUCUUUUGAGGACUGUAUUUGCUCAGAGGCAAUCUUAUGGGGACUGAAACUAGAAGUGGGUGGGGCCAGAGCUAAAAAUUUGACUUGGCUUAAAGUUUGUUCUGUCAUGGAAUUCUACUCAAUAUUGAUCCAGAGUAGAACUCUGAUGUAUAAUUAGCAGAGUAAAAACUUAAACACAUUGCAGGAUUCCCCAAAAAUAGACCAGAGGCAAUUGUAUUUCAUCCAGCAGAGCUUUACUUCUUGGUUCUCCAGCUGUUUUUUGGACUAUAAUUCCCAUCAUCCCUCACCACGGGUCUUGCUAACUUGGGAUUGAUGGGAAUUGUAGUCCAAAAACAGCUAGAGAACCAAAUUUUAGGAAACCCUGGUCUAGAACCAUCCCCUGUUUGAAAUCUUUACUAAGGUUCCCUGAGGAGAGUAUUUUGUUGAGUACUAAUGGCAGACUAAAUCUGUCUUGUUCGGCUGUUGAUUUCUUCAGACAUUAUUGAUGGCAGUUCACUUGGGAGUUGUAUCUUUAAGACUUUAAAAAACUGAAAAUCAUUUAUUGGCUAUGUGGCUGUUGUUUUUUUUAAUAGACUUGUUGCAAUAUGUGACAUCUCUGCAGACACUGGAGGGUCUAUAGAAUUUAUGACAGAAUGUACAACAAUAGACAGCCCCUUCUGCAUGUAUGAUGCCGAUCAGCAUAUUAUCCACGACAGGUGAGAGGGUCUUCCUAAUUUUCUUUUGUGUUGAAAAACUCAGUUUUAAAGCAACACACAGUUAUUUCGUAGUGUUGCAUUUAAUUGUGAUUGAUACAGUUGAUGUGUCUCCAAGCAUGCACGGACUUGGAUCUUGGAGGUUAAGUAGCUUAACAAAAUGCACUAGAGGAAACUUCUUGCAUUCCUAUUUUGUGCAGGAAGGUCACUCACACACAAAAAAAGCCACUUUGGAAGGUCGGUGGCCUUCCUGCACAAAAUAGGAUUGACAAGGUGCCCCAUGAUAUUCUUGUAAAGAAGCUGGUAAAAUGUGGUCUUGACUAUGCUACCACUCAGUGGAUUUGUAACUGGCUGAUUGACCGAACCCAAAGGGUGCUCAUCAAUAGUUCCUUUUCAUCCUGGAGAAGAGUGACUAGUGGGGUGCCACAGGGUUCUGUCUUGGGCCCGGUCUUAUUCAACAUCUUUAUCAAUGACUUGGAUGAUGGACUCAAGGGCAUCCUGAUCAAAUUUGCAGAUGACACCAAACUGGGAGGGGUGGCUAACACCCCAGAGGACAGGAUCACACUUCAAAACGACCUUGACAUAUUAGAGAACUGGGCCAAAACAAACAAGAUGAAUUUUAACAGGGAGAAAUGUAAAGUAUUGCACUUGGGCAAAAAAAAUGAGAGGCACAAAUACAAGAUGGGUGACACCUGGCUUGAGAGCAGUACAUGUGAAAAGGAUCUAGGAGUCUUGGUUGACCACAAACUUGACAUGAGCCAACAGUGUGACGCGGCAGCUAAAAAGCCAAUGCAAUUCUGGGCUGCAUCAAUAGGAGUAUAGCAUCUAGAUCAAGGGAAGUAAUAGUGCCACUGUAUUCUGCUCUGGUCAGACCUCAUCUGGAGUACUGUGUCCAGUUCUGGGCACCACAGUUCAAGAAGGACACUGGCAAACUGGAACGUGUCAGAGGAGGGCAACCAAAAUGGUCAAAGGCCUGGAAAUGAUGCCUUAUGAGGAACGGCUAAGGGAGCUGGGCAUGUUUAGCCUGGAGAAGAGGAGGUUAGGGGUGAUAUGAUAGCCAUGUUCAAAUAUAUAAAAGGAUGUCACAUAGAGGAGGGAGAAAGGUUGUUUUCUGCUGCUCCAGAGAAGCGGACACGGAGCAAUGGAUCCAAACUACAAGAAAGAAGAUUCCACCUAAACAUUAGGAAGAACUUCCUGACAGUAAGAGCUGUUCGACAGUGGAAUUUGCUGCCAAGGAGUGUGGUGGAGUCUCCUUCUUUGGAGGUCUUUAAGCAGAGGCUUGACAACCAUAUGUCAGGAGUGCUCUGAUGGUGUUUCCUGCUUGGCAGGGGGUUGGACUCGAUGGCCCUUGUGGUCUCUUCCAACUCUAUGAUUCUGUGAUUCUUGGUGGGGAGAAGUGGAACUGCCUCUGAAGACAGUUCGGAAACUUCAGCUGGUGCAGAAUUCAGCUGCCAGGUUGCUCACAGAGAAAAGAUGGUUUGAGCAUGUAAAACCAAUCCUGGUCAGAACGCACUGGCUGCCAAUUAGUUUCUGGGCCCAAUACAAAGUGCUGGUUUUGACCUAUACAGUGGUACCUUGGGCUACAGACGCUUUGGGUUGCACUGUUUCAGGUUACAGACGCGCCAAAACCCGGAAGUACCAGAAUGGGUUACUUCCAGGUUUCGGCACUUGCGCAUGCGCAGAAGCGCCAAAUCGCGUCAUGCAUGGACACAGAUGCAGCGCUGCGGGUUGCGAGCGCGGCAGGUUGUAAACAUGUCUCCUGCACAGAUCACGUUUGCAACCUGAGGUUCCACUGUAAAGCCUUAAGUGGGUGUGGGCCACAAUAGCACAAAGACUGCCUCUCCCCGUAGGAAACUUCCUAGACCGUAGCUGUCAACUUUCAGAUUUGAAAAUAAGGGAUCAGCAGCCUUGAAAAUAAGGGAUCAGCAGCCUCACCUGUCCCGGGAACAGUCUACGGGACAAUCCGGGAUAGCAGCGGGAAGCAGCAGGAAACAGCGCUGGAAUAAAGGAAUUUCCCGCAAAAAAAAGGGAAGGUUGACAGCUAUGUCUUAGACCCUGCGAUCAUCAUCUGAAACCCUUCUUCAAGUGUCUCCUCCAGGAGAGGCCUGGAGGGGUGCAAGGAGCCUUUUCUGCAGUGGCUCCCCACUUGUAGCAUGCCAGAGAGGCUCGUCUUCCUAUCAUAGCUUUAGGCGCCAGGCAAAAACAUUUGUGUAAAAAAAAAAACACUUUAAAAUGUUUUUAUAAAAAGAGAGAAAUAGUGCACAAAGCUUUUAUUGCCUGGAUUCAAAUUUUUGUCUCUUCUAGUGUGGAAGGAUCAGGGAUUUUGAUGUGUUCCAUUGACAAUCUGCCAGCUCAGCUUCCUAUAGAAUCAACUGAAUGCUUUGGAGACAUGCUUUUCCCUUACAUUGAAGAGAUGGUAAGUGGGCAACUUGUUUCUAUUUUGAGUGUUUACGUGUUUGUGCAUUGGGGAGCUUCUGGCCUGCCCCGUAGGUAGGAAAUCUGCUGUAAAACUUAACUGGCAGAAAUGAAGUGUUUCUUAGAAACUAAUUCAGACUACACAAGGUAGAAACUUCUCAAAUAACAGUCUUUGGCGGGACCUUUCCCCCUCGUCUUCUGAAACCUAUGGCUACUAAACACAGGUGACAUGGAAAGUUGUGCAGACCUCUCUUAAAAGAGCCGUUCCAAUAAAUGUAUUUAUCCAUUUUGAUGAAUAGAAUUUUGAUUCUUUACAGUAUGCAUUUUUCACAGGUAUGAUCUGGCCAGUUGCAUAAGUGUUCUUUUUCAGAGGGGAAUUAACUCUGUGUGUGUGUGUGUGUGUGUGUGUGUGUGUGUGUGUGAAAAUUCAUUUCCUGCUAAUACCCAAAUCUUAGUGGCUGUGUUGUGACAAGACAUCAUGUUCACUACAGUUGUACCUCAGGUUACAAACACUUCGGGUUACAGACUCUGCUAACCUGGAAGUAGUACCUCAAGUUAAGAACUUUACCUCAGGAUGACAACAGAAAUUGCGCGGCGGUGGCGGCGUGGCGGCAGCAAGAGGCUCUAUUAGCUAAAGUGGUACCUCAGGUUAAGAACGGUUUCAAGUUAAGAACAGACUUACAGAAUGAAUUAAGUUCAUAACCAGAGGUACCACUGUACAUGGGAUUCAGGCUGAUAAGGAAAAAAAUCUUGGGGUGUGGAUUUGUUCCGCUGUCCAGCUUAUUGUGGUGCCACUCCCCGUGGAUCUCUCUGGACAGCAAAGGAUGAGUCUGCAAUCAAGUUAAAGAAGCAAAACAGCAGUCAGUAGACCUGAUCCUUAUUUGUUGCAACAACGUUCAAACGCACAAAGUCCUCUCCCCAUUUUCCACAAUACAUUUUUCAACAGCAUCAUUGAUACAUCACAGAUAUGUCACAAAGUAGGAGUGUUUGCCAUGUAGAAACAUGAGCCCAUCACCCACUCCUGUCAACAGCCCCAGUUCUCAACACCUUUUAACUACCCUCUUUCCCAAAGAGCAAUAAAGCUAGCUGCAAGGCUUUCCUGCGCUUCGCCUUUGAAAGUAUCCACCAUCCUGAUGGAUUUCUGUCUAGGGUAUGAUCUGCCCUUGAUCGCCUCCUGCCUCCUAUUGUGAGGCUAAGUUUACACCUAUGGAGGGGCAAGGAGUAUGUGACCUUAUGUUUAUGGGAUUAUGGGGGCAGGGGGAGCCCUGGAUUCCCCUCUUCCAGAGGAGUCAUUAGCCAUUGGAACCAAAGAAAUCGGUCAAACCGUUGAAUUCAGAACAAAAAGAACAUCUAUAAACAGCCGCAUACCCUUAAUUUCGAGGUUGCCGGGAAUGUAGCUCUGGAGUGGAAAAAAGUUCUCCACCCCUGUCUAUAUACUGACUGGCAUCUCUCCAGGGCUUCAUACCAGUCUUUUCCAGCCCGCACUGGAUUGAACCAGGGAUCUUUUGCAUGCAGAUCCGAUGCUCUGCCCUUGAGCUUAGGAAGCCCUUGCAGUCAAGGCCCAGCAGGUGACAUUUAUAUACCCCUCUUCCUGGUCAUUGUUUUUCAACUCUUCUCUGAAGCUGUGUGUUAAUGGCUUUGGAUGAGUCAUAAGUGGCUGCUUAGAGAGUGUUAAUGGUUGUUGUGUAGACUGGAAGCAAGAAAUUCCAAGAGUCCUGGGCUCCCUUAAUGGCAGCAAGAGCUUUCCUGCGAAUAUCUGCUGCUGCAAAAAGUGAGAGAAUGCCACAAACCAUCUACCCUCCAUACAGUGUUCUGCACUGUGGUGUAGAGCCCCUGUAACAUUUUUUCUUUUGACACAGGUCAUCGUCACAUAAUCUGACCACUUCCAAUUCCCUGUUGAAUUAAAAAGAGGGGGAAAUGAUUAUCUUAUAAAUACUGUAUAGCAAUUUCUUUUUGCUGUUCAUUAAAGGCCUUUUGUAUAUGCUUGUAAUAAUUCAAGUGAUUAACUGUACAAUCCUAUGCAUGGCAAGAGAAAGUGACCAAUAAAUUUAAUUAAUAAAUAAUAAUACAGUGGACCCUCUGGAUACGAAUGUACGGUAAUUCAUUCCAGGGGUCUGUAUGUACCCUGAAAAAUCCACAAGUAGAGGCGCCGCUUCUGCGCACAUGCGUGGUGCAAUAAAGCGCUUCUACGCAUGUAUGUCCGGCGAAACCCAGAAGAAUACACUUCUGGGUUUGCUGUGUUUGCAACCCGAAAGCUAUGUUACCUGAAGGUAACAUAACCUGAGGAUCCACUGUAAUAUACUGGAAGUAAGACCGUCUGAACUGAAGUGUAUGUGUUCUGUGGAGCUUUGCGUAGACAUAGGCCGUAACCAUAAAAAACACCCGGUUUUUGAGUUACCACAAAACAGCCAGACAAGAGUGAGGCAACUACCUCAGGAGACAUAUUCCCAGAGGCAGUUGCAGCAGCAGUAGCCCCUGGCUGUUCUCCCUGAGACCCUGGUCACCCUCCUCUGUUUACACAUGGCCUCUCCCGAGCCUUGGUCCAGGUGCAGUAGGGGACAUAAUCCUGUAACCCGUUUUGAAAUAAGAUUCAGCUCCCGUCCCAUGAGCUGCUGUGUGUGGAAGUGGCUGUGGGCGCCAUCUUGUUUGUCACCUCAGGCACCAAAAUGUCUCAGGCCAGCAUUAAGCAGUGUUUGAAACUCCCAUUGUAUCUAGGCACAUUUUGCGACAGGGAAUUUCAUCAGUUUCUGUGCUCUGGGCGCAGCCCUGCACCUGAGAUUUUUGAUUAAAACUGUAGAGUGGAAGGAAAGGGCGACCUUUUUCUGCCUCCCCACUUCCAGCUACUCUCCGAAGACUGGAGAAGAGACCCUCUUAAAAAUAUUAGGGGUUGGGCAGGGGAAGGACUAGACCUUGUGUAAAUGAACAUAAUAUUUUAGCUGCAGUUCAUUCAUUUUCAGCUUUGUAUUUUUGUUAUUUUUUAAAAAAGCAAGUGCCCAGCCAUUCUGUUCUUGUGCCUGUAACCUCAGUUUCGGGCGCCACUUAGCUCCUAGCUUUCAUAUCUCAGUUUCUAACACUGAGAGUUAGCACUGUGCAUCUUGGGGAGACAAGUUGCUGCAUCACCUGAGGCAGGAAAAUAUCUUGGAGCAGCCCUGGGCAGCUAACUCGCCAGUGUUAACUUAUCUCUUCUCUGGUCAGUCAGCAAAUACAAUCUCAUCGCUUAUCACCACUUUGUGUAGUUAGGAGAGCUUUCCCCAGCCACCCUGUCUCUUAACUUUAGCUCUUGUAUAGGUGAAAGAAUGAGAUUUCCAGAGUUGCACAUGUCUGUCUUGAUUAGUGGUUCCCAAAUCUCUACUAAGGAAACCACAAAUAGAACUUGUCCCUUGUCUUUUUGGCCUUCCCCCUAAUCCUGACUCGGUUCUCCAGCCUGUUGGUCCUGCUUGCCGGCUUCACGCGAUAUAGAUAUACACAGCAACAAGAUUUGUUUCAUGCGUAUUAUAUCUUGCCUAAACGGUGGCACAGCGGCUCUGUGAAGCGGGGUGGAAGGGGAAAGUGAAUCUAGGAAGAAGAAUUUAAUUGACAAUUGAAGGUCAGGAGAAUUUCAGGUCUUCGAAGUAGCCUGACUAGCAACACAGUCUGCAUUUUAAUCUCAGUUUAAAUCUUGACGGUUGCCUUGUUUUUAAUGAAAUAUACUUUUCCGAGACUCUUAUCUGUGAAAGAUAAUUAUCUGUCUGAAAGCAAGUGCUCUGACGGGAAACCUUGAUCUCCACAGCUGUUAUCUGAAGCCUCGGAGCCCCUUGAAAGCCAGAAUUACUCACCUGUAGUUAGAGACGUAAGUCUUGCAAGCCAAUUGACUCCUUUUUUUCUCUCUUAACUUGGGCAUGGCGAGGUCAGCCGCCAGGAAAGUAAUGAUGUGUUUCGUAUACUUUUGUAGGCAGUGAUUGCAUCCAAUGGUUCAUUGACUGAUAAGUAUAAAUAUAUCCAGAAACUGAGGGAGCGCAGGUAAUAUAGCUUUCUCUCCCCACCCCCAGUAUAUCUGACUAAAGUUUUGAAUUGUUGUGUCAUAUUGUGUUUCAAUGCUCAUGGGUUAUUCCUACCUUGUUUUCUGUGGCGAAGCAUGUGUGUGGCACGGCUGUCACAAGUAUUUAUUCUAAUGGCGCUGAUGCAGAAGUCAACUUGGGGACCUUCUCUGCAGGUUGUUCAGAGAUGUGUUAACGAUUCCACAUUUCGAUAAUUUCUUUCCUCUGUGAGUUUGCUGAAAGAAUGCCAUGGGGUCCCCACAGGUCUCUUGGGGAAAAAAUUAAACGGGGUGGUUUUCACUAGAAAAAAUUGACUUCGGGGGGGGGGGACUGUGCUGAGGAGGAGGCAGUGUUCAAAUGAAGGAACUGGCUGCAAAAGAAUAGAAUUGAAAUACAGCCAGAGACAACAGUGAACAGAUCUCAGCUACAUGGGAAAAUUCCUUUCUGAUCUUGUACACGGGAAACAGUGUACUCCAGUGUAGCUCCAGAAGAUGAGAACAAAAUCUAUCCACUGAGCAACCUCAGGAGAAAGUUCUUGAGAUCUUUAAAAAGAUCUAGCUCAGGGAUUGGGGACCCAGCUGCCCUCCUGAUAGUCUUUGGUUCCCCACUUCUCUGUGGUACUGGAAGUUGCAGUCCAACAGGGAGUAGAAGGCAAAGGAUGAGGCUCCUUGUUCUAGGUUCUCAGCUUUUUCUCUCUUUUUAGUGUUUCAGUUCUCAUGUUGGGGAGGGAUAGGCUUCCCUAACUUUCAUCCUUAAAAUAUGUCAAAGCCCAAACCUUGAAGACACACAGCCUGUAGGGACCUGGUUCCUCCAUCCAAGGACACGGGUGGCACUGUGGUCUAAACCACUGAGCCUCUUGGGUUUGCCAAUCGGAAGGUUGGCGGUUCAGAUCCCCACAACAGAGUGAGCUCCCGUUCCUCUGUCCCAGCUUCUGCCAACCUAGCAGUUCAAAAGCAUACCAGUGCAAGUAGAUAAAUAGGUACCGCUGCGGCGGGAAGAUAAACAGUGUUUCCGUGAACUCUGGUUUCUGUCACGGUGUUCUGAAGCGGUUUAGUCAUGCUGGCCACAUGACCUGGAAAGCUGUCUGUGGACAAAUGCCGGCUGCCUUGGCCUGAAAGCGAGAUGAGCAGCGCAACCCCAUAGUCGCCUUUGACUGGACUUAACCGUCCAGGGUUCCUUUAUGUUUACCUUUUUGCCUAUCCAAGGGCUGUAAGAGGAAUGCUUUCUUUGUUCAUGCCUCCUUAUUCUAAGAUUCAGUAACUUAAAAAAGUUCAUUAGUCAAUGUAGCCGAGUGUUGUCUACACCAGGGCAGCCCGACUAUUUAUGCCAAGGGGGUUGCAAGAGAGCUUUGACACGGAACCCGCAUCUUGUCAUGUGUGGGGUGGCCUGAGACCCUGGCAGGGUCCCAGAGUCCAUCAAAAAAGGCCCAAAGACUGCUUGUUGGACUGUCCUAGUCUAUCUGGACUGGUAGUGUUUAUCCAGGUUUAUCCUGCAAGGAAGAUUUUUUGUCACUGAGCCACUUCUCUUCCCUGGAGCCUUUAAAAGCCAGAGUUUUUACUUUUUAUUUUCAUAUUGAUCAUGAUCAUAACGAUGCAAUUUAGCAAAACAAAAUUAGCACAGAAAAGCACAUUCAAAAGUGUUUUAAAGAGACGAUAUGCCAGGAGUAAUUUUCAUAGUUUUCCUUGAAAACAUAAAAAAAAUAAAUGCAGAGCAGACCCCAGAGCUGUGGGCUGGAGACCUAAUAUUUUGCAGUGCUCGUCUGGUUACUUUUCCACUCCUAAUUGAGGCUGAAAGUGUUUUGGCUAAUGUUAGAAUUUUUGGAAGACUGGAUCGAAACCAUCAUGUUAAAGAGAGCUCCUUCUUGCUUUCAAAACUUAUUUUAAAACAUACCAGUUGUUGAAGCCUGUUUUGUUGACUUAUUCUCUUUACUGACUUUUGUCUCUUCUAGGGAGUACACCCAGUCACUGACCAUGGAUAAAAAGAAGAAGAUCUUGAUACUUGGAUCUGGCUAUGUCUCGGGGCCUGUGAUAGAAUACCUCACGAGAGACCCCAACAUUGAAAUAACAGCAGGUUUGUAAAUAACACCGUAGCAUUAGAAGCACAAAGGAGUUGAGAGUGUUGCCUUUGUAUAAGUAAAUAUUUCCUGUUUAAAGUCCCAACAUACCUGAUACUCAGAUCAGUGCUCCUUAUUUUUCAUUACAAAGUACAGCCAUUGGGUGAGAUCUAGCAUUGUAGCUCCAUACGCUUUUCGCUCACAUGAGGCCAUAAUAUUAAUAAUAAUAAUAAUAAUACAUUUAUUUAUACCCUGCCCAUCUGGCUGGUUUUCCCCAGCCACUCUGGGCAGCUCCCAACAGAAUAUUAAAAACACAAUAAAACAUCAAACAUUAACAACUUCCCCAAACAGGGCUGCCUUCAGAUGUCUUCUAAAAGUCAGAUAGUUGUUUAUUUCCUUGACAUCUGAUGGGAGGGAUUUCCACAGGGCGGGCGCCACCACCGAGAAGGCCCUUGGCUUACAUACAAUAAAUAUAUCCACAUAGUAGAACAUGGCAACAUGAAUUGUAUAAAACAAUUAACAAAUCAUCAGUAAAACAGCCACCUUCUGUAAAAUACUCUUAACGAAACAAAAAAAUAGGCUAAAAAGGACAACCCCAGGAAAAGUCACAUUAUAAAAUUUGCAAAGCAUUACAGCUCUCCAAAUCCACAAAACAAGAUUAACAGCAUUAACAAACCAACAGCCAAAAUCAAACCAAGCACUGUUGAAUUCACACACAAACUCUCCCCGUGCCUAUGACUCGUAGCCUUCCACUCAGUUCAUCGAAAGGCAAAUACACAUCAUGCCCAUGGAAGCAACUCCAUUUUGAAGGCUUCUAGGGCUCUGAGGGCUGGGAUUUCUGCUCAUGUGGGGAGAGUUACACUGAUGGAAAGGGCCUUUCUAAGUUCACAGGUUUCCUUGAGUACAAAGGCUCCUUCUGUUCACAGAGUGACUGCAUUGGCCCAUUUUUUAUGUCACAGUAAACUGUAGUAAAUUUGCAUGCCACAGUAAACCGUAGUAAAUGGCUUUCUGUGAAUGCGCUUCUCUAGGCUCCUUUGCUCCCCUCCAUUAGCACAUGGAAGAAACAAACCACAGACUGUUUUCUACAUAUUGUGGUUUGUUGAGGGUGAAAUAAACCCUGACUCAGAUAUAAUGCUCAGCCAGGUAUUGUGGUUUGUUUCUCCACAGUAGGAAGAGAGGCUCAAAGGAGUUUGACUGGCUCAUGUAUGGUUUACUGUGACGUGUACCUACUGUAUCCUGUCUGUUAGGCACUAUGUCUUAAGGAAGCUGGUCAAAGCAGAAAGGCAAGCGGGUGUCUCGAAGGAGAUGGCUGUGGACUUGGUUUCAUCUUCUGUGUGUCUUGAAGCCUGAAUGUAUACGUACAUUAGAUACUUGCCCGAGAGGGAAACAAACAGUGCAAUAUCUUUUGCAAAUCCAGAUUUUCAACAUCUUACAUGGAAUGGUUAUCUGCUUCUGAGCCUUAUUAUUGGAAGACAUUGUUUUCCUUUCUGUUUCUAUAGGUUAUUUUAUGAACUUUCCCAGAUCCUAUAUUAGCAUAAUUUUUUCAGAAUAACAACACAGAGAUUUGAAAGCUAACAGAUCGGAAACUCAGGCUAUUAAAAUAAAUAAAUCUGAGUAUUUCAGGCACAAUUCCAUCAUGUUCUCAACAGUCACGAGUGCUAUAAAUUUAGUUUGUUUAAACAAGACCUCUAGUUAGCAAGCUGUACCAAAGGCUGGCUGUCAAACAUGGCCUGCUGGCUAUUACAAUGCCCACCUCUGUUGGUGGAGACUUUCGUAGGAGUGAGUGGCUUAGAGCUUCUAAGACCUAGCCAUCUUUUAGUUUUUCAUUCGUUGAUCUUCUUGAUUUCUUUCCCCCACUAACAGUUUCUUCGUUGAGCCUUUAUCCUAGAACAGGUACUGCUUUGCCUGCAUGGAUUAGCUUAGUUUUAGUUGGGUCUUGCAAAGUUCUGGAAUGGAUUUACCAAAACUGAGUGGGUGACUUUGGGUCGGUCACAGCCUCUUAACCUACCUCGCAGGGUCAUUAUAGGGAUUAACCUGGGGGGGGGGGGAGACCAUGUAUUCCUUGAAGACAAAGGUGGGAUGUAAAUGCAAAGAAAUAGGCUUAAGAAUAGGCUUAAGACGGGACGUGGGUGGCGCUGUGGGUUAAACCACAGAGCCUAGGACUUGCUGAUCAGAAGGUCGGCGGUUCAAAUCCCCGCGACAGGGUGAGCUCCCGUUGCUCGGUCCCUGCUCCUGCCAACCUAGCAGUUUGAAAGCACGUCAAAGUGCAAGUAGAUAAAUAGGUACUGUUCUGGCGGGAAGGUAAACGGCAUUUCUGUGUGCUGCUCUGGUUCGCCAGAAGCAGCUUAGUCAUGCUGGCCACAUGACCCGGAAGCUGUACGCCGGCUCCCUUGGCCAAUAAAGUGAGAUGAGCGCCGCAACCCCAGAGUCAGUCACGACUGGACCUAAUGGUCAGGGGUCCCUUUACCUUUACCUUUACCUUUAAGAAAGCUGAAGGCCCAGUCGGAUGGAGAUCUUAGCCUGGUAUCCAGAAAUCUCCAUGUGGUCGCAAUUGGACCUGUGGCAAUUGCAAAAUGCGUCUGAUCCCUUGGGAAUUUCUAACACUGGGCGAAAGGGAGGGGUCCUGGGAAUGUGGAGUCCCGAAGGCUCCCUUGGCAGCUGGACAGAGGAGGGGGUGGAGAAGGGGGUUCAUUCUUCCUGGUGGCAAUAUGUCACAAUUUUAUACAGAAAAGGGGAAUCUACCAGUAAAGAAAAUCCACCCCCUCAUCAAAAAAAAUAUUCCAUGACACACUCUUUAAAACAAGGAAGAGCAGCAACCCAUGCUAUCCGGGGUCCAGUUAAUUUCUCUGAAAGCUUCUAAAUUUAAACCAGGCACCCCUCCCCCCGUUUUAUACAGAAUUAGUCCUGCCGAGGUUGCAUGACACUACAUGACUAAGUUGUCUAAAACUUGCUGAGAGGUUGAUUGAAUGCUUAUUUAAUGGGAGCUCAAGAGGAGGAAGUCUUGUCUACCGCUUUCAGCCAAUGUUCUUGCUCUACGACAGCAUCUGUCAUGAAGAAACAACUUGAGCAGCUGGCUAAGAAAUACAGCAACGUUGUUCCUGUCGUUGUGGAUGUCACCGAAGACGAGAAGAGAUUAGAGGCCAUGGUGAAGAAGCACAACCUUGUUAUCAGGUCAGUAUGUUCUGGUGAUCGCAUAGAUCAGGGGUCAGCAAACUUUUUCAGCAGGGGGCCGGUCCACUGUCCCUCAGACCUUGUGGGGGGCCGGACUAUAUUUUGGAAAAAAACAACGAAUGAAUUCUUAUGCCCCAAAUAACCCAGAAAUGCAUAAUAAAAGGCCACAUUCUACUCAUGUAAAAAAACCCAGGAAGGCCCCACAAAUAACCCAGAGAUGCAUUUUAAAUAAAAGGACACAUUCUGCUCAUGUAAAAACACACUGAUUCCCGGACUGUCCGCAGGCUGGAAUUAGAAGGCGUUUGGGCCGGAUCCGGCCCUGGGCCUUAGUUUGCCUACCCAUGGUGUAGGUGCUUCAGGGAUUCCCCAUGGUGUGGGUGCAAUGGGCCAGGUUAGCUCUUGACGAUUUUACCUGGUAGUGAUGGUACUGAACUUCAGGCUAGAAGAGGAUGCUUUUGUGGAAAAGCCCAAAAUGCAACUACCGGGUGUUCCUUCAUGUGUUAACGCUUUUAAAAGAUGCACUGAAGUGUGUAUUUGAGAGAGAAGCCCAUUCUUUCAACUGCAUGCUUGACAAGGAUACUGCAGAACUGGUUGUGGCUCCCUCAUUCAUGGGUGACCCUUUCAUUUUAUCAUCAUUAUAAAAACCAGGACUUAAUAUUUUGCAUGGAAUUGUCUUCCCCAUACUGUGCUACACAUAGGUUGUCCCUUGAGGUGAAUGACCAUGCAGGAAUGGUUCCCUUGUUGGUAACAUGCCUCUUGAGAGCCAGUGUGGUGUAGUGGUUAAGAGCGGUAGACUAGUAAUCUGGUGAACCGGGUUCGCUUCCCCGCUCCUCCACAUGCAGCUGCUGGGUGACCUUGGGCUAGUUACACUUCUUUGAAAUCUCUCAGCCCCACUCACCUCACAGAGUGUUUGUUGUGGGGGAGGAAGGGAAAGGAGAAUGUUAGCCACUUUGAGACUCCUUCAGGUAGUGAUAAAGCGGGAUAUCAAAUCCAAACUCUUCUCUUCUUGAGAGUCAAGGAUAGAGCAGGUCACCCUAAGUUCACAUUUUUCUUUUUAGCUUACUGCCUUACGCAUUCCAUCCUGUGGUUGCUAAGAAGUGCAUUGACAACAAGGUGAAUAUGGUUACUGCCAGUUACCUGACACCUGCUAUGAAAGAGCUGCAGGAAAGGUAAGUCUGUCUUAUGUUCUCCCUGCUAAAGGGAGAAAGCAACCCUGUAUCAGGAAUUUUAAAAUGUCUAACGUUUUACAAUUUUUAAUGUGCUGUAAGCCACCCAGAGUGGCUGGGAAAACCCAGCCAGAUCUUUCAUGUACAUCUCUUGACUCGAUGCUGGAACAUGCAUUGCGAAAAUAGUGUCACUGUGGCAAGUACCACUGCUUGCACCCAUUCAGCAACCAUUCCUCAAAGGUCCCUUUUUACAGUCCACUGGUGGCUCAGAACUCAUGAUAUAGAUAACAGGUGGCACCUAGGUAAAGGUAAAGGGACCCCUGACCAUUAGGGCCAGUCGUGACCGACUCUGGGGUUGCAACACUCAUCUCGCUCUACUGUCCGAGGGAGCCAGCGUACAGCUUCCGGGUCAUGUGGCCAGCAUGACUAAGCUGCUUCUUGCAAACCAGAGCAGCGCACGGAAACGCUGUUUACCUUUCCACCAGAGCAGUACCUAUUUAUCUACUUGCACUUUGACGUGCUUUCGAACUGCUAGGUUGGCAGGAGCAGGGACUGAGCAACCAGAGCUCAUCCCGUCGCGGGGGUUCGAACCGCCGACCUUCUGAUCAGCAAGUGCUAGGAUCUGUUGCUUAACCCACAGCGCCACCCGCGUCCCUUCAGGUGGAAGCUGCACACAUAUAAAAAUGCUUUAAAAAAAAGUUUUGAAAAAUACAUUGAAUUUGGCGACUCCACAGAGUCUUUAGCAAAGGCAGCUAGUUUAAACUUUACUGAUGCAAAUGAAAGGCGCAGUCAUAUUUUCUAAGUUCUGUUCAAGUGUGCAGAGCAAUGGGAGAAGGGCGACCUGUUCCUCCUUGCUCUGCUUAUAAAAAAGGGGUGCACAGAUUCAGUUGUCUGGAUGUGGGUCCCCUAUCUGUACUCAUAUUGUCUGUGAACCAUUGAGCUUGAUUUGUGUUUCGGUGCCUCCCAAGUGUCCCAAUUGAAGCGGGACAUCCCAGAUUGACAGAGCGAUGCUGUGCCUCAAUUUCCCCAUUGGAAAUCUUGGGGGCAUGUUGUUUUGGUCUGUAAAGAUGCCCUGUUACAGGAUUCUUGUUUUGAAAUGAUACACCCUCUUAUUUCAGUGUCGAGGUGGCUGGCAUUACCGUUAUCAGUGAAAUGGGUCUGGAUCCUGGGCUUGAUCAUAUGCUGGCGAUGGAGUGUAUUGAUAAAGCGAAAGAAGUGGGGGCUACGGUAAGCUUAAUAAGUAAUCAAUCUGUUCAGAGGUCUUCCCCUCUGCACCGCUCCUAUUCUAUAAUACCUCCUUUGUUGUGGGUUUAUCAGCUGUCACCCACUGGGCUUAGAACAUCCCACUCCUUCCAGCCCUUCCCAGCUCCAAAUCUAAAAUUUUGUAUUUUCUUCCUUUUUCACUUACGCAUCAGCUACUGCCUCACACAGAGACAGGGUGGUAGAAUAGAAGUGAAGUCCAGGCAAUUUCCUUUGAAUUCCUUUAAAAAAUAAAUUUAAUUAAAUGGGUUUUCAGAUUAAAACUUUACAGUCACGUAUCCAACGUACAACAUAGAAACAAGAUUCCAAAGAAUCUCCUGGACUUCCCUUCCUCCCCUUUGUGGUUCCUAUUGUUAAUUGUUUCCUUCUGCAUCUUUUAUAAUAACCUCUCCAUUAUGUCCAAAAUUCACCAUUAAACUACAAGUGUUAUUCCAAUCCUACUAACGAUUUUAACUGGUUAGAAUGGUUUUUAAGAUAAACUAUAAAUUUUCUCCAUUCCUUAUUAAAAUUUUGGUUUUCCUGAUUUCUGAUUCUUCCGGUCAUUUUAGCCAUUUUGGCAUAAUCCAUCAGCUUGAUCUGCCAUUGUUCUCUGGUAGGGUCUUUAUCAUCUUUGCAUCUCUGGGCCAAUAUGGAAUUCCAUAUAGGAGUACGAUUGCACACAGGGGAUCCAGCUAAUAUAAAUCAAGAUUAAGGGUUCAGUCCUAUAGGCCAGAAGUGGGGAACCUGAGGGCCAUGUUCCCUUCUGUUCAGCCUUUUGAGGGCCACUUGCCAGGUGGGUGGAGCCAGAGGCAAGUGUUCUGUACAGUUGGCUAUUUUCCACAAACACACCCUCUUGCAAUCCCCUCGGUGUCAUCUAUCCAGACAAGCAACAGGCAAGAUCAGAGUUCAAGGACUCAAUCCAGUCAGGGACAACACUCGGGGUGUGAAGCAGGACCAACUGAGGGGCACGACCUGGAGAAAGUUCCAGAGAAAGGAGCCUAGAGGCCUGGACCUGAGGGUCCACACACUAAUGGCAAAAUAAAUGGAACGUAUUUUAUUGAUAAAAAUAUUUGUAUGCCUCUCACUCAUAACAAGAUGGCGAACAACUGUAUACAGUGGUACCUCAGUUUUUGAAUGUCUCCAUUGAUGAACGUUUCGGUUUUCGAAUGCCAUAAACCCGGAAGUAAAUGCUUCCAUUUUCAAACACGCCUCAGAAGUUGAAUGGCUUCCACUGGUUUAUAUGUUACUUUUCUCAAUUUUCUCUAUUAAAGUUGCGGACUGCCAUUUGCGCCUCGGUUUUUGAAAGUUUCUGCACUCGAAUGGUCUUCCGGAACAGAUUACGUUCAAAAACCGAGAUACCACUGUAUAAUGAUACUAUGAAACAUUAUAAAUAAAAAUGACUGACUCGUCUAGAAAAUAUGAGUUUUUAUCAAUAGUAUCUCUUGGAGUGGUGAAUGGCACUAUAUAUAGUGGGAAGAAACUCCAAUGACAAUCCUUGUUUUUACAUAUUUUUACAUGGUUGUUUAUUUGCAUAGAUUUUAAAAUAUUAUAUAUGGAUGUUUUAGGAUGGCCUGUACUUGUAAUGCCUAAUAAAGGUUUGGUGAAGUAAAGUAGAAAAGAUUAAAAUGAUUUAGGGCUUCCAUAUGUCCUGAUUUUCCUGGGAUUUCAAAGGCGGAAUUAACUGCCUGGGGUGGGGGGCGAGGUUCGAAAGGCAGUGCAUUGUCCUGGAUCUUAGGCAAGUCAAUCAAAAAAUCACGGGUUUUUUUGGUGAUUUUGUAAAAAAAAGUUCCAACAAUUUUGGAAGCUCAGCAACUUUUGGGGUGUCCUGGUUUUUACUUCUUGACAUAUGGCAACCCAUGAUAAGUGAAUAGGCCUGUCAGCAGUGGUAUUUUUCUAGAAAGGGUUACCAGAACUCACCAUAAGCAGCUCCCAGGUUCUCCUAAAAUGGUGCUCGCCUGAGAGGUGCCGGAAAUUAGUUCCGGCAAGUUCCGGCUACAGAAAAGCCCUGCCUGUCAGCACAUGUUUUCAAGAUGUGCCUGGAAAUUCACAGCGAAGAUGGCAGCCGAAGACAUACAGUGGAAGACAUUCCACUCAUAUGGAAGCCCCCAUGAGUUCUGCAAGGCUUAGUCCUUGGUACAUGAGUCCCAUGUUCUAGGUACAUUAGUUCAGGGGAAAGUUGACUCUGCCCCCCCACAGCUGUGUUGGGCCUGUGGGGUGAUGAGCAUCUGUCUGCUUCCAGACUAGGAGGCAGCUGGGAUGUUGGAGAACUGUUAUGGCCAUGGGGUGGACUUGUAUCAAUCUUUUGGCCUGCUCUGGUAACUAGCGUGUUGUCAUCUGUUUUGCUGUGUUGCAAAUAUAUUGUACGUUGCCUCAAGUAGGUCAUUUUGUAAACAAAGUAUGGAUACUGCUAAAUGAAGACUUGGGUAUGGAAUUGCAGGCUCAGCAAUGCAGAAUAAAGCUGUGCCGAAUGAACCUGGAGCUUUUGGACGGAUAUAGUUUAAUUGGAGACAACUCCUUUUCUUCAUCUGCAGGUGGUGUCUUACACUUCCUUCUGUGGUGGCCUGCCUGCUCCGGAACAUUCUGGCAACCCCUUGAGAUAUAAAUUCAGCUGGAGUCCGCAGGGAGUCCUGCUCAACACCGUUCAACCUGCCACGUAUUUAAAAAAUGGAGAGGUGAAGUUGUCUUCAUAUACCUGUUAAAAUGCAGAGAUGGGGAAUCACUAAGUCUAAUAAUAAUUGAUGAGUUAUUUUCCUGUCUUUUCUCCUUGACUGAAUGUACCGUGCUUAGAAUUAAGGCACAGAGUGCCUCUGAGUGCAGUCGUAGCCUUGGGAUUUAUUUUUUUGUGUUGGAAUCAUUCUCACAGUCCUGCCACACACAAAAACACAAUCCUGUCCCGUCCCCCCAGCUUUCAUUUUAGCAACCUAAUCUCUCUGUAAAAUAUUUUUUCAUUAAACAAUUGGGAGUCGAAGUCUUUGCCAAUCUACUGUUAGGCCCCCAGAGACCUGUCAGUAGUUCCUAGGCUACCUUCUGCCCACCCUGUUUUAGGCUACAUACCCUCCAACAUUUCUCCAAUGAAAAUAGGGACGUCCCAUUCCUUAACGAUAAUUUUACUAUUUAUACCCCACACAUCUGACUGGGUUGACCCAGUCACUCUGGGCAGCUUCCAACAUAUAUAAAAACAUUAAAAAAGAACACUUCCCCAUACAGGAUUGCCUUCAGACGGCUCAGGGGUCAGAUAACGCCAUACCCUCCAACAUUUCUCCAAUGAAAAUAGGGACAUCCUAAGGAAAAGUGGGACAUUCCAGGAUUGAAUCAGAAACCGGGACGGCUUCUGUAAAUCAGGGAUGUCCCUGGAGAAUAGGAACACUUGGAAUGUCUGAGGCUAUAAUUCUGAGUGCCCUGUUAUCUCAGGCCAAGUGAGCAAGGCCAAGGCACCAGGCCUGUAUCAUUGCCCAUGCAUCUAUUCUCCUGUUGUAGCGAUCUGGUUCAACCAGUUCUACUGGAGUUCAAAAUGUGCAGAAGCACCUCGGGGUUCAUGUUCUUGUAUUUUAUUUUUAUGAGUACGAUUAGUAGAAGAGUGCCUGUCUCUUAUUUUCUUGUUUUCUAUGACAACUCCAUGUAGAUGCUCUCAUUUAAAAUGCAUUUCUGCAUUUAUUUAUAACUCACCCUACUGAGGUCUUCUGUGGUUAUCAAAUUAAAAAGACCAAUAACAUUAAUAUCCUUAGAAUUGGGGUCAUUGUGAGGUUCUGUAGCCAUGAGCUGUUACCGUGGACUCUGAUUAUUUCCCAGGUUUACUCAUCCCAUGUAUAAACUUUGCUGUCAGAUGGGAUUGUUCUAGGUUGCAGUCUGAAGUAGUCCAAUCAGAUAACUUAAGAUCACUUCUGAAAUUUUACGAGAUACCAUUGGUGUCUAAAUAGCUCUGAGCAUAAAUAUCUCUGUGUCUCCAAAGCCUUAACAUGAGUUUGCAGAGUUGUAAUAUGAGAGAUGUGUUUAUUGGCUGCUUGAGCCAGGCAGGGUUCAAGAGCUGGAGCCUAUGCAUACCCUGAAUUCACUUAAACGUCAUAAUCUUAACACAAUUUAUUCCUGUGACUUUCAGUGAUGUUGUAAUUCCAUGUGACACUUGCAUUUUUGAAUGUUUAGGAUCAAAGUUUAUAAUCAUUCCGGUUUAAGACACCCCAGAACCGAGCAAUUUUUAUUGCGAAGAACUGGUUUGCUAAACUGAACGUUACGCUGUUAAUCUUAUAAACUAAAUAGUUUUGAAUGGAUUCUUGUUGAGAGCCUGGAGGAUAUGUUUGCAUAGGUAGUUAUACUGAGAGGUGUGGAGGGAAAACAGGAAGUUGAGGAUGGGUUUGGGAUCCUCCUGCGUAGAAAUGAAAGGAAUCCACAGUCUGCCUUCUCACGGGAGACGGACAUUUCUGAAUAGGGACUUGGUGCUUGUGAGGACUCCUGUUAUAAAACAUAGUACUGACUAUUGUUUUUCACAAUCCUUAGAUUAUUAAUAUUCCAGCCGGAGGAGCUUUGCUUGAUUCUGUUACUGUCAUGGAUUUUUUCCCAGGAUUAAAUUUGGAAGGUUUUCCAAACAGGGACAGUACAAAAUAUGCCAAACCCUAUGGCAUUCAGUCAGCUCACACUCUCUUAAGAGGAACAUUACGAUACAGGGUAAGUAUGCUUGGUACCGUGAAGGUCAUGGGGAAGUCCAGGUGAACGUAUGUUAUGGUUUUUAUCCAUUAAGAGAAAAUUCAGCUGGGGUGGGAGGUUCUGUAAAUGGCUGAUAUGCCAAGCUUAGCUUGUGGCUGUGCUUAUGUAAUAAAAUAUUGUAAAAAUGUGAGGGUGUAGAGCGCACCCAUUCUACUUUGUGCGAGUUUCGGAUGAAGAUUGUCCUGUGUGCCCUUAACUGUGAUCUCACCUGUAGUUUUAGAAAUCAUUUGACACGGUGCUUUUUUUCUAUAAAAAAACCCAUCACGUUUAGGGGUAUUUUCAUUUUGACUCAAGAAAAUCAUCAUUUUAUAGUUCAAAUAGGGAAAAAUAAAUAUUGUAAAUGGACAAAAGUACAAAGAUUCACAAAAUGUUUAGGGGUAUGCGUACCCCUGUGUCCCACCCACCCCCAGAAAAAAAAGCACUGAUUUAAUGUGUCAAGACAAAUGCAGUUGUUAUAUAAGGGAUUGUUAUCUUGACUGGAAUAUAAUUAAAAUUAAUAAGAUUUUGGAACGCAGAAAUAAAGUAAAUCAUCAAACCAUCAAUGCUAGCACGCGGGGGGCCACCUAAAUUAUAUCAUUUGGUAUUUUAAUGAUUGGUAUUAAAAAUUGGCAUUGUUAUAAUGAGGCUAUUAUUGGAUUAUUGUAAUUGAAAACUAAUAAAAAAUAUUAUUAAAAAAACUGAUCAGCCGUAGCUCACCCUUUUCAUGCACAAGGUAUUGGGUUCGAUGGAAAGAAUCUUUGCGCUGUGAAAAUGUUCUGUGAGAGAUUUAUGUGAGAUCUUGGGAGAAUAAUUGCUAAUCGGGGGAGGAAAUAUUGAGUUAGAUCAAGGUCAGCUAAUCUGUGACCCUCUAGAUGCCGUUGGGCUACAACUCCCAUCAUCCCCGCAGGGGUGGUCUUUGUUCUAUCAAAAUUCAAUGGUGCCCUGUGGCGAGGCUAAAAUUUGCCUUCCAUCCUGCUCAAGUCACUGUGUCACAGUUACAGCGCCCCCUAGGCUGGGAACCCAGUGCAGCGGAACUGGUCCUGUUGUCCUAAUUUUCAUUUUCAUUUCACCUUCAAUUUGUAUACUGCCUUUCUAUUUUACUACACACAAGGCAGUUUGCAGCAACAAAAUACACAACCAGGAACUCGCACCUUGUAAUAUAACCUGAUCCCAUACAGAAAGUCACAAUAAAACAUAACUUUAAAAUGGAACGACUUGUAUCAAAUAAAGUAAUGUUCAAUAAUUAUUCGACUGUAAUAGUGCACAAUAAAAUUAACUCUUGAAACAUCGGCAAACAAUAACAAAACACGAAUUCAGUCUUAACCGUUACAAUGAAUAAUUACGAAACUGUGAUCAAUAAAAAUAACUGCAAGUCACAGUGCAUAAAAUACCAAAAUGCAUGCAGAACUAUCCACCCCAAUCCCUAACCAUUGGUCAUGCAGUAGUUGGCAUCCCAACAACAUAAGGAGGGGCACAAGUUCUCCACCUCUGGGUUAGAUUGACCCAUGGCCUGACAACACAAUUGUAUGUAUGCUUGUUUAUUUUAUUUAAAUUAUUUUAGCACCCUAUCCAAUUUCAGGGUGGCUUACAACAGCAGGAAAAGCAUAGCAAGGCACUUAUUGCACGAGAACUGUGUGUGCAAAAGCCAUCUUCAGAUUUGUUGCAUGUCGUUUGCUGACUUCUGUCGAAAUACCUAUGCAGGCAUAUCGAAGGAAAGCUCAAAUGUUGGAAUGGGAGGGAAACCAUGUUGGUAGAUUUCUGGUGUCACAUAUGAGUUUGGCAUGUUGCUCCCUGUGUUCUGUGGCAGUUUCUAACCCCCCCCUUUCUUCCAGGGUUAUUCUAAAGCUAUUGGAGGCUUUGUGAAACUAGGACUGAUAAAUUCAGAGCCGUGUCCUAUGCUCAGCGCAACAGCAGCUUCUAUAACCUGGGUGAGUGUUCCUUUCGUGGUCCAAAAGAAGGCUGCAGCUGAGGCAUGUGUGAAAUGGAUUCGCUUUGUAUUUUGCCAUCUACACCUAUAAUUAUUUUGAAAUCCAGUGUUCACACAACAGUGGGCUAUCCCAUUCCUGACAACAAAGCUCUGUUUGCACAGCCAAUGGCUGUACCUUAUGCCCUUCUCAUAAAGGUAAAGGGACCCCUGACCAUUAGGUCCAGUCGUGACCCGACUCUGGGGUUGCGGCGCUCAUCUCGCUUUAUUGGCCGAGGGAGCCGGCGUACAGCUUCCUGGUCAUGUGGCCAGCAUGACUAAGCCACUUCUGGCGAACCAGAGCAGCGCAAGGAAAUGCCAUUUACCUUCCCGCCGGAGCAGUACCUAUUUAUCUACUUGCACUUUGAUGUGCUUUCGAACUGCUAGGUUGCAGGAGCAGGGACCGAGCAACCGGAGCUCACCCUGUCGUGGGGAUUCGAACCACUGACCUUCUGAUCGGCAAGUCCUAGGCUCUGUGGUUUAACCCACAGCGCCACUCGCGCCCGCCCUUCUCAUAGCCCACCCCUUUUCACAUUUCUACUUUGAAUGUGGACCGUUUCUACUAUUGCACAAAAAAGCUGGUGUUCGUCACCUGCAGUUUUCUUAAGGUGCAAAUGUUUGUACUUUCAACGUUCUGACUAUUGGAUGGUGAUCUGUUACUAUUAUUUAUAUAUAUAUUUACCCAGAAAGAACUUAUGUGCAGGCUACUUGGACUUAAGCAGUCUGCCACAUAUGAUGAUCUUCGAAAUGCCGUCUACAAUAAACUGAAUGAGGAUGCAAGGCAGCUGGAUGCGGUCGAAUGGUAGGAGAUUUCGGGAUUGACCUUUCCCCACAUUUCCCCCCCUUUAAAGUGCCUCUCUAGCAAGGCCAGCCCACUCAUGAGAUAAGGUGAGGCAGCAUAGAUCCACAGGGGUACAGCAGAUCCCAAUGUAGAUCUUCAUUCUCCCGCUUGUUUCUGAUGUAGACCUUUACAGUGGUGCCUCGCAAGACGAAAUUAAUUCGUUCCGCGAGUUUUGUCGUCUUGCGAUUUUUUUUAUCUUGCGAAGCACGGUGUCGGGAAAGUUUUGGAAAAGCUUCAAAAAUCACCAAAGUCUUUAAAAACCUCAAAAAAGGCUACCACACCGCGUGCUAUGAGUUGCUCCUCGAAGUAAAGUCGCAACUGUAUUAACGGUGUUAAGAAAAAGGAAACAAACUUGCAAGACGUUUCCGUCUUGCGAAGCAAGCCCAUAGGGAAAAUCGUCUUGCAAAGCAGCUCAAAAAACCAAAAACCCUUUCGUCUAGCGAGUUUUUUGUCUUGCGAGGCAUUUGUCUUGUGAGGUACCACUGUACUAACCUCCUCCUUCCCUGGCAGGGAGGUGAGCGCCAUUUUGUGGUUGGCCUCAGGUGCCCAAAUGACUUGGGCCAGACCUGUUCUCUAUCAUCCAGGCAUAAGAGACUAGUUAAAAUGGCUAAGAGUAGCCUGCCAAUUCCCAGAGAGCCAGUGUGGUGUAGUGGUUAAGAGCAGUAGACUCGUAAUCUGGUGAACCGGGUUCGCGUCUCUGCUCCUCCACAUGCACCUGCUGGGUGACCUUGGGCUAGUCACACUUCUUUGAAGUCUCUCAGCCCCACUCACCUCACAGAGUGUUUGUUGUGGGGGAGGAAGGGAAAGGAGAAUGUUAGCCGCUUUGAGACUCCUUCGGGUAGUGAUAAAGCGGGAUAUCAAAUCCAAACUCCUCUUCUUCUUCUUCCCAUUUCUUAAAAGCAUGUUUCAAAGUGAAACAUUUGGUGUGAAACUUCAAUCUUCAGCAGCUCGAUUUGCAUGCAGGCCACUGGCUUGAUGAUGUUGUUACGUGAUACUGUUCUUCAUUUGCAUGCUUCAUUUUGGCUGUAAGGCCGCAAAUGCAUAACUGUUAUGUACUGAAGUUCUCACCCUGGGCCAGCAGGGGGAUACUGUAGAUAGUUAUGCAAAUAAGGGAUAGAAAGUGAUGUUCAGUGAUUGGAUAGUUUUAGAAAAUUGUUACAGUUGCGUUCUAGUGGAGCUCUAUAUAAGCAGGCUGGCUGAACCCUUCAGUUCAGUUCUGUUCUGGCCUGUGAAUAAGCAAGAGCCGUUUGAAUAAUCGCUGUGUCGUUUGAUAUGUUCACCCACAACUUAACAAUAACGAUAGAAUAAGAUUAUAAAGCAAGCGAAUCCAAUAAAGCAGUAUCAGCAAUCAAAAUAAUUACGGUGACGUAGUCGGGUGUACUUAACCUUCUCUUUUCUCUGCAUAUAUCUUGAUAGAACGUAAGUAAAAACUGAAAAGGAAAAUGCAAGCUGAUUGCAGAAGUUAGGUUAUGCAUGGCAACACUGGAGGUGUAGCCCCAGGGCACGGCACUGUAAUAAAGAUGCCAAUUAAGAUGUGAGGAGGAUCAUUGCAUCUGCUUUGCUUUCUCCUGACACACCAGUUGCCUGACCCAAAUUGCGAUGUGGUGGCAUCCCAUUCUUCUCGCUUUGCGACCAUGGGCUCGAGCUGCGGCUCUCAGUUUUUUGGGAGAAGGUCCUGGGCUUUUUCUGACAAAUGGUGCCUUGUCCCUGCUCUUUCAGGCUGGGGUUACUUGGAGAUGAGCCCGUUCCAAUAGCAGAAACAAUAGUCGGCGCACUAGCGAAACACAUGGAGGCCAAGUUGUCCUAUGGUAUGUGAAACACUCUCUGCUCGUGCUGGCUUUGACCUAUAGCUCAGGACUGCAAUACUCCGAGGACUGCAUCUCUCCAUAUGAACUUACCCGAACCCUGAGAUCCCUUUCUGAGGCCCUUCUGCAUGUGCCUCCUCCUUGAGAGGUCCAGAGGGUGGCAAUAUGAGAACAAGCCUUUUCUGCAGUAGCUGCCCGUCUGUGGAAUGCUCUCCCUGGGGAAGUUCGCCUGGUGCCUUCAUUAUAUACCUUUUUUAACCGAGUCUUUGGUUGAUUGACAUCCGAUGCCCUUUUAAAAGUGUUUGUGGAAGGGGAAGGGUUGUUGAGUUUGUUUCUAUUCAUGUUUUUAUUCUGUUUUUUGUGUUGCUUAUAUUGCAAUUUUAUGUGAAUUCCCCUGAGAUCUACAGGUAUACAAAUCUAAUAAAUAAUUGAUCUCUCCAUUUUAGCAUGUCUAGGCCAGAAUACUAAAACAAGCAACUUCAUUUUGUUCCUUCAGUCAAGACUGUUUAGCUCCCCAACCCCAUCCCAUUUAUUUUUAUAUUUUAUUUCUGGUUGGCCACAAUCGGAUAUCGGUGGAGAUGUCUACAUCAGUUAUGUUACAUUCUGCAACAUUCUACAUUUGGGAGGCGGAAAGAUGAAUUUGCUUCGCAAUCCAAAGCAGAGCUAAGGAGAACAGGGGUGGUAUCUUUCACACACUGAGUUUUUCUUGGGUUUUGUGCAGUUCACUGUUAAAGCUAUAGCUUGUUCAUCUUUUCUGACAACAGAAAAAGCAACAUAUUUCUGUUUUUCCUUUAGGUCCCGGAGAGCGCGAUAUGAUAGUCAUGAGGAAUGAAAUAGGAAUCAAACAUCCGUCCGGUCAUUUGGAAGACAAAUAUGUCAAUCUUGUGGUGUAUGGAGAUGAUAAAGGAUAUUCUGCAAUGGCUAAAACUGUAGGGUACCCGACUGCUAUCGCAGCAAAGAUGGUUCUCGAUGGUACGUACGGGUCUUUGUAAGUUGUGUGGUGCACCUGGUGUGUGUGGAAGGUUCUUUUAAGUAGUCUUCAAAUGUGCAAGUAUUGUUUUAGCCAAUGGGUACUGAAAUAAUUCUUAAAAGGCUGCAUCGUUAUUAUUAAUAUCCCUAUUAACAAACACUUGUGGGGCUUUUUUGUGUGUGUGGUUGUACAUGACAACACUCACCAGUAUGGAGUACUGGCACCUCUGUGUUUUUGCUCCCCAUGGCAGCCAUUUUGUGCUAGCAAAAUUGAGAUAAAUAAGACUUCCAGCACUUUUUUAUCCCCCCACCAAAGAAAACACCCCACUCCUCAUUUAUAAGUGUGAAUUAUAAAUCUUAAGUUCAUCACAGUGAUUCUGUGGUAAUGCAGUUCAUUGUAGUCCUCACAUUCACCACAGUUUUGUGUGCUAAGAUCCUUAUCACCCAUGUGAGCCAUCAUGUCACAUACGUGGGGCAAUUUCAGGGUUCCAGCACCCAGCAGGACCCAAUGUUGUUAUGCGUCCUGGACCCCCAGACCUCUUGGCACUCUGUAGAGAAGUGUGUUUGUGUUUGUUAUAAUUGAUUUUAGUGUUCAUACUGUUUUUGUAAGGUGUUUGGGGCCAUUUAUAUGAGGAAAGAGGUUAAUUGCAAUAAUUAAUAAUAUAAAGUGCAGGUAGACUCUGCCAUCUGGAAGUCCUUGUAGCUUUGCUCAGAGUAUUGCUGCCUGCCAAAGAGGAGGGAACUCGCAAGAGUUUGCGCAGGGUCCCAUCGGCCGGCAGCUGUAAACUGUAAGUGUAAGAGGAACUGGUUUGUUUUAAGAAUUGGUAGAUCUCUCAUGCCCAGUUUCUCCCAACUGAACCAUUUCAGAUGCUGUUGGACUACAUCUCCAAUUAUCCCUGUCACUGUGGUGUAGUGGUUAAGAGCGGUAGUCUCGUAAUCUGGUGAACCGGGUUCGCGUCUCCUCUCCUCCACAUGCAGCUGCUGGGUGACCUUGGGCUAGUCACACUUCUCUGAAGUCUCUCAGCCCCACUCACCUCACAGAGCGUUUGUUGUGGGGGAGGAAGGGAAAGGAGAAUGUUAGCCGCUUUGAGACUCCUUCGGGUAGUGAUAAAGUGGGAUAUCAAAUCCAAACUACUACUACUACUCCUCCUCUUCUUCUUCUUCUUCUUCUUCUUCUUCUUCUUCUUCUUCUUCUGUCUCUUGGACAUGCUGACUGGGGCUGAUAUGAGUUGGAGUCCAACAACUUUUGAAGCACCCCACGUUGGGGAAGCCUGCUAUAAGCGCACGUAAUUUCGCUGUUCCACUGUGAGCAGAGCGCCAGGACUUUGUUUUAGUGAGGCUUCAAUCCUUGUCACCCCACUUAAAUUGAAUUAAAUAGGACAUACUUCUAAGAAAACAUGGUGAGGAUUGCACUGUAAUGUUUUAAAAUAAUUGCCGUACAGGUUGCUUUUUUCUCUAUAUCUCCCCUUUAAAGAAGAAUUAAUCAAAUACAAGGGAUCUGGAGGGUGGCAACACAGGAAUGGCCUUUUUUGGGUUGGCUCUCCCAUUUGUGGAAUGCUCUCUUCAAAGAGGCUUGCUGGGCGCCUUCAUUACAUAGCUUUUAAGCGCCAGGUGAAAAUGUUUCUCUUCAACCAAGCGUACGGCUGAUUAACAUACCCUGGCCUUUUAAAUGUAUCUGUGGAAGGAGGUUAUUGGUUUGUUUUGCUUCUGCUUUUGUUUCAUUAUGUAUUUUGAAGUUUUAGGUUGCGAAUCGCCCUGUGAUCUUCAGAUGACGGGGUGGUAUACAAAUUUAAUUAAUGAUAACAGUGACAUUUUUCUCUUUAUGUUCCAGGAGAAAUUGACACCAAAGGCAUGGUCAUCCCAUUAACCAAGAAUAUUUAUGGACCAAUACUCGAACGGGUUCGAGCUGAAGGAAUUACCUACAGUACCCAGAGCGUUAUCAAACAAUAA